UUAACUCGACCGGCUGCUGCUCAAGAGCAUCCAUAGCUUUUCCUGGCUGCUCUGUAACACUUUCUGAUAUCCUUCUUGGACUUUGGACCGCUUCCUAGCAUCGUUGUGUGCUUUUCCUCCUCUCCACUCCUUUCGUUUCGUUUUUUUCCCUUUCCUUUUUCCUCCGUCUUAUUCCUCCCCCUCCUCCUCCUCCCAGCAUGGCAUCCCCUAUCGCUUCGGCCGCGCUCAGGUCGCGCAUCAAGCGCCCUUCGAUGCUGAAGAAGCUAUGCCGACCCGAGGACAUGCUCCAGCACUUCCCCAACGGCGCCUACAUCGGCUGGUCCGGCUUUACUGGCGUCGGCUACCCGAAGAAGAUGCCCACUUUCCUUGCGGACCAUGUCGAGAAGAAUAGCCUCCAGGGACAGCUGCGGUAUAGCCUAUUCGUCGGUGCCUCAUCAGGGGCCGAAACGGAGAACCGCUGGGCUGCCCUGGACAUGAUCGAGAGGCGGGCUCCCCACCAGGUCGGCAAGGACAUUGCCAAGGGCAUCAACCAGGGUCGGAUCAAGUUCUUCGACAAACAUCUAUCCACGUUUCCUGUGGACCUCGUAUACGGCUUCUACACCAAGGACAGGCCAAACAACAAGAUCGACGUUGCCGUUGUGGAGGCGACCGAGAUUAAGGAGGACGGCAGCAUCGUCCCUGGUGCUUCGGUUGGUGCAACCCCUGAGCUUCUCCAGCUCGCUGACAAGAUCGUCAUCGAGGUCAACACUGCCCUGCCCAACUUUGAUGGCCUUCACGACAUCACCAUGACCGACCUGCCGCCGCGCCGGAAGCCGUAUCUGAUCACCAACGUCGAGGACCGCAUCGGCACCAACUCGAUUCCCAUCGACCCGGAGAAGGUGGUCGGGAUUCUCGAGUCCGACUACCAGGACCAGACCCUUCCCAACUCCCCGGCCGAUGAGACGUCGCAGAAGAUCGCCGGCCACCUGAUCGAGUUCUUCGAGCAUGAGGUCAAGCACGGUCGCCUCCCCGCUAACCUUCUGCCACUGCAAUCGGGUAUCGGAAACAUCGCCAACGCCGUCAUCGGCGGCCUCGACAAUUCCAACUUCCGCAACCUCAAGGUGUGGACCGAAGUCAUCCAGGACACCUUCCUCGACCUCUUCGACUCGGGCCGCCUCGACUUCGCCACAGCCACCUCGGUGCGCUUCUCCCCAGCCGGCUUCGAGCGCUUCUACGAGAACUGGGAAGCCUACCACGACAAGCUGCUCCUCCGCUCGCAGCAGGUCUCCAACUCGCCCGAGAUCAUCCGCCGCCUGGGCGUCAUCGGCAUGAACACGCCCGUCGAGGUCGACAUCUACGCGCACGCCAACUCGACGUGCGUGAUGGGCAGCCGGAUGCUCAACGGGCUGGGGGGGUCGGCCGACUUUUUGCGGAGCGCCAAGUACAGCAUCAUGCACACGCCCUCGACGCGGCCCUCCAAGACCGACCCGCACGGCGUCAGCUGCAUCGUGCCCAUGUGCACCCACGUCGACCAGACCGAGCACGACCUCGACAUCGUCGUCACCGAGAACGGCCUGGCCGACGUCCGCGGCCUGAGCCCCCGCGAGCGCGCCCGCGUUAUUAUUGACCAGUGCGCCCAUGAUGUGUAUCGGCCUAUCCUCCGUGCUUAUUUUGAGAAAGCCGAGAGUGAGUGUCUGCGUAAGGGUAUGGGCCACGAGCCGCACCUGCUGUGGAAUGCUUUUGAUAUGCACCGCGCGCUGAGCGAGGAGGGGAGCAUGCAGAAGGUUAAACUCUGGUAAGGGGCUGAGAGAAAGGGGGUGUUGAUGGAAGGGAGGGGGGGGG